AUGAUUAGUCCCAAUAACAACUUAUCCCUAAUUUAAAAAUUUUAAAAAAUAUUAAUUGCCGCUUCAAAUUUCCUUUUUUUAAAAAAAUUCUGUAGAGUCUUCCGACAUGGCGCUACGACUAUUAUCUGCAACGAUCGUCGGCCCGCGCAAACUUGUCUGGCACGAUAGAAACCAUGGGCUUCCCGCUGCAAGGGUUUCGCCCGCUUCGUCAUUUUCACCAUCUUCGUUAUCAUUAUCAUUAUCAUUAUCUAGGGUUAGGGUUCGUAUUGGAUCGGUGAAGUGCCAGGCUGUCGGAGAAAGCUCUCAGAACUCUUUCGGCCGGGUGGUUUAUCAGGGAGCUUAUGGUCCUUGGAGUGUCGAACCCUCCGACGUUCGAGAGGUAAUAUUAUACAGAUCAGGGCUUGUGACUGCUGCUGUAUCGUUUGUAGUUGCUGCUUCAACUGCCUUUUUACCUGAAGGUUCUUCAUUAAGAGAUAUAAUCAAGCAAAAUCUUGAUCUGUUUUAUACACUGGGAGCCAGUGGAUUAGGCUUAUCGCUAUUUUUGAUUCACAUCUAUGUAACUGAGAUUAAGCGCACCCUUCAAGCAUUAUGGGCACUUGGUGUCGUUGGAUCUUUUGCGACAUAUGCAAGCCUCGCUCAACCAGCUGGCAUGAACUUAGUACAAUUUGUUGUUGAUAACCCCACAUGUGUGUGGUUUGUUGGUCCCCUAUUUGCGGCACUUACUGGACUUGUCUUCAAGGAAGGCCUUUGUUAUGGAAAGUUGGAAGCUGGUCUUCUUGCACUCAUUAUACCCUCAAUACUUCUGGGGCACCUGACUGGUGUAAUGGAUAGUGGUGUAGAACUUACUCUACUGGGUCUGUGGAUUGUCCUCUUUGGGGUGUUUGCAGGAAGGAAGUUCACGCAGCCUAUUAAGGAUGACAUUGGUGAUAAAUCUGUCUUCAUGUUUAAUGCACUUCCGGAUGAGGAGAAAAAAGCUUUGAUCGAGAAACUCAAGCAACAGAAGUUCAGUCAGAAUCUUGAUUAGGAUUUUGUAAAUUUUCUCGGUGAUAUACAGAUGGAAGGUAUGUAUUGUAUACUCUCUCGGCCGCUCCUUUUUAUUAAGUUGGGUCUUCUUAUUAAAUGUGGUAAAAAGCAUUUAUGAUAAGAAUCUCAGUUGUGAGGUUAAAUGGUGGAUCAAGGAUAUUUGCUAAUAUAUGUACCCGUGCUUGCAAUGCUAUAUAAUUACAGUUCUUUCCUUGUCCCCA